GAAACGAUUGCGGCGGUUUGAAUUCCAGCGGAGCCGCCAAAGCCGCGCACAAAGGAGCUGGGGCUGUGUCAGCCGCCGGGACCCGCGGGCCGCCGCUGACAUGGACUCGCUGCCGGGGGAAGACCUAACACUGCCGGUGGCGUUUGAGGGCAGUGUCAGCGUCUCGCAGCUGCCAGACGUCUCCCGCGGGGACCCCCAGCCCGGCCCGGCUGAUGGCGAAGUGUUACCAGAUGUGGCAGUAGAUACAGUCUCACCAACAAGAGCUCGGACCAUGAAGGACUAUGAAAAUCAAAUCACUGAUCUGAAAAAAGAAAACUUCAACCUGAAGCUUCGGAUUUACUUUCUGGAGGAGCGAAUGCAGCAGAAGUUUGAUGGUACCACUGAAGAAAUACACAGAAUUAACAUUGAGCUAAAAGUGGAGUUAGAAAGUCUGAAGCGUGAGCUGCGGGAGAGAGAGAAACUUCUCCUCAAAGCCUCUAAAGCAGUUGAAAGCUUGGCCCAGGGUGGUAAUGCUGAAAUACAGCGUGUGAAGAGUGAGGCACAAAAGAAGAUGCAAGAAAUGGAAGAAAUCCUGAAUAGCAAAAUAAGCUUUCUGGAAGAGAAUGUUAAAGCUGCCCAAGAAGAUGUGGAAAAAGCCAUUGCAGUGACAGAGAAGGAGAAAGCUCUGAGAAUAGCUGCUGAGCAGAAACUUUCUUCAAUUAUGAGUGCCCCUGCAAAGGAUGUGGAUAUUAUUACAGGAGCUGAGAAAGACAGACUUAUAGAGCAACUGAGGCUGUCAUUGAAAAAUAAAGAGGCUGUAAUUCAACACCUUGAAGAAGAAAAGUCUCAGAGUGGAUCUUAUGGGAACUUACCAGCAGAAAAAAUCAGAGAACUUACCAUUGCUUUGAGGCAUGAAAAAGAUAGUGAGAUAGAGGCUAUUAGAAUGGAGUUUAAAAAUGAGAGAAAUGCCUUUGAAAAAAAAAUACAUUCACUUCAAGAAGAGCUACAAGAAAGAGAAAAUGAGCUUGCUGUUGAAAAGAAGAAUGGUUUGAAAAGGGAUAAAACUAUUCAAGGCCUAACUGUUGCAUUAAAAGCCAAGGAAAAAGAGAAUGAGGAGCUUAGUUCUGAAAUUGAAGAUCUAAAUGCUUCAUUGGCUAAGGCAAGAGAGGCAACUCAUAAGGCACACAUCCAAAAAUUCAAGGGUGCAGAGGAUUAUCAAGCUCUCUUGAUGGAAAAAGAGACUCUCUUAGCAGAGCUGCGUUCAGAAAACCUUACAAAGGAUGCUGAGAAUCGUAGGCUACAAAGGAGGAUUAAAAGGACUGAUCAAGAGCUGAGUGACUUGAAUUUAGAAAGAGAGAAAAUGGAGAAGGAGCUGGAUGAAGCACAGCUACAAAAGAGCAGAAGUGACAAAACCAUUAAUGACCUUAGAAAUCAACUGGAGAAAUUACAUGGUGAGAUGACUGAGAAAGAAAAAGCAGCUGAACAUCAUUACAAUGUUCUUUUGACUGAAAGCAAUCAGAAGUUGCAGAGCCAAGAACUAGUUAUCCAGCAGCUAACAGGCAGUGUUAGUGAAAAGGAUCUGCUGCUUCAGAAACUUGAUGGAAGAGUUAAAGAAAAGGAUGCAGAAUUGGAGGAACUCCUGAAUAAGUACAAGAACAUUCUAAGAGCCAAUGAAGAACUCGAGCUAAAAAAUGAAGGCUUAGUAAAGGAAAAAUGUGCUGUCCAGUCUCAACAGUCAAUCAUCAAGAUAGUCAGAGAGUUAGAGGAAAAUAAAGAAGCUGAAUAUGAAAAGCUGAUCCUUGCUUUAAGAAAGGAACAAAAUAUUUAUUCUACACUAGUGAAGACCUUCAAAGAAUCUGAUAGUAUAAACAGCUUGCAAACAGAGCUAAACAACAUUUUCCUGCUGCGAAAACAGCUGGAGGAGGAUGUUUUAGCUAAUAGGAACCUGCAGAAGGUCUUAGAGGAUCAGAUUAAGGACAUGAAAACCCGACAAGAUGAAACAUUAUCUUUCUGUGGAGAUCAAACAUCUUACAUGAGUAUCUGUUUGGGAGAGCAAGAUCAUUUAAGUGUACAGAUAGACCAGCUGUCUCUUGAGGAACUUAAGAAAAAGGUUACUGAUCUUCUCUUGAUGGUUAAGGAUCUGCAGUCAGUUAAUCAAGAACUUAAGAAGAAGCACCUUGGACUUUGUACAACAGAUUCUCAAGGGAAGGAGGCCCUAAAAAUAUUAAACCACAGCGAGUGUCUUGAAAUAACAGGGGAGCCUGUGAUGCAGACUGAAGGUGGUGACAAUGACAGAAAGGUGCAGACCCCUCAGCAUCCAGAGAGGGUCAGUCAGGUAUGCCUUCAGGUUUCUUUGGAUUUUCCUUCUGAUCUGGAUAAACAGAUAACUCCAUCAGGUUGUUCAGAGACUUUCUGCAAAGACAGACAUUACAGGAGUCCAAACAAGCCUCAGUUGGAACACGAUACAACUGGCAGAGUAGGAAUGAGUGAACAUGAAACAGAAGAGAAUUUACUCACACAUCUUUUAAGAGAAAAUAGAACAUCUGUACUGGAAUCUACCAGAGAAGAACAAAUGAAAAUGGUAAAUGGACUGUUAGAUCAUCUGAACACAACUGAGGAAGAAUUUUCAAGUGAGGAUAUAAAGAAAAUGGAUGAAAAAGAUCUUAGGCAAAUGAUUAUUCAACUAAGAGCUGAACUCAAACAUUUCAAGCAGGUCAAUAAAUUCUUAAAGCAGCAAGCAGAAUUGAAAUCAACUUUUGAUGGAAAAGAGAAGCUUUAUCCAGAUGCAGUGCCACAGAUUAAUAAGGAUAUUGAGUUGUUGAAAGUGGAAUUGAAAGAUGCAGAUACACAAACAAUGACUAUUGAGAGUAAUGUCAUGAGAUUCAAACAUGAAGGCAAAAACAGAGCCUUAGAAGAAAAAACAAAAUAUUCACCAUUAAAUGCAGAAAGAGAACAUCAGCAGGAAAAUGUGUGUAAAAAGGGCAAACAGCAUGAAAGGCUUUUUUCUACAAGGAGAACAAAUGAAACUGAAUCUCCUGCCCUGCCCAAGAAGUCCCGUCUGCCUGUUCUCUCAAAAUCAUGCAGACCAUUAGGAACUGAGCCUUUCAGCUCCUCUGUGCAGCAGUCAGAUUCAAAACCACAGCCUGGUGCCAGGGAACCCUGUGAAGAUCUGAGAGCAAGUAAAGUACAAACCAAAGCAUUGCAGCCACAAACAAAUGGGGAGUUGUUCUUGAGCGAGUCUGUAACUGACCUGCAAGAGGAGCCUGCAGAGGAAAGCACAUCAGUCAGAGUUGACUCAUUGCUCAGACUGGAUAAUAGUGAGGUCCAGGUGGAGUUGCUAAGUGUUGAUCCAAGCACAGGGGGCAAGAAUGAAUAUGAGAUGGACAAAACCCAGCAAAACUAUCAAGAAAUGCAAAAUCAUCAUAACAUUAGCAAUGUGAAUAUCCAGUGUUCAUUAAAGGAGAUAAAUGAAGAGUUUUAUUCCCUGGAACAUGAGGACAUUGACUCAGCCACCACAUAUUCAGGUUCCAAAUGCCUGCGUUCUCCCAAAUUGAAUGUAACGAGUACAGAUGCACUUGAUGACUGUGAAGUCAUAAAUGAUACAGAAGAAUUGAAACAAAGAAUUAAUAAUAUGAAGUCUGAGCUUGAAAAGUACAAAAUGUUCGUGCUCCAUUUACAGACCUCUGACCAGCUCUUACUGAAUGGUAUUUCCAGUGCAGUUUUGAGUGACACGGCCUUGCCCAUGGAAGGACAUGUUGCACAAGUGCAGGACUCAGCUUUGCAGGAAACCAAAGCUUUUUCUAGUGACCCUCAGGAUUAUGAGAUCCACAUUGAAAACAGGAAUUUAGAGUCUUCAGCAGCAGCUGACACAUGGACAGCACAAAACCUUAAGGAAGUACUAUCAGCAAAUGAGGCAGAACUUGAAAAAGAGCAAAUUGCAAAUAGACAUCUUGAUGAAGUGUAUCAUCUUCAGAACAAACUGAGAGAAACAUCACCAUCCAACUAUGAUUCAUUAGUUCAUUCACAAGCUCAAGAACUCUCCUUUCAAUGCCAACAAAUUGAAGAGAUCCACAGUGGUUGUGUCACUUACCAUCAACAUCUGAUGAGCCUUAUUAAAGCUUUUGAGGAACUGCUUCAAGCCAGUGAUGUAGAUUAUUAUGUUGCUGAAGGCUUCCGUGAACAACUGAACCAAAGUGUGCUGUUGUUUGAGAAGCUGGAGAGAAAAUUCCUGGGUGGAGAGUCAACAGGUACAGAAAUUACUUUACUUUAUGAACUGGCUCAAAGGGAUAAUGAGAAGAACACCACAAUGUACCAGCAACUGAAGGAUGGAUCACCUGUACCAUCUGCUCUUCAUAGCUUGUCUGACUUUGAUCUGUCAGAAAAGUCAUCUCUGGGAUCACCUGAGCACAGGCACGACCUGGAAGGACUGCAUGGCACAGUGGCACUGCUGCCAAACAGGUUUCCCCCAGAGUUACUAAUGGAGCAUCUGCAAGAAAUUAGAAUCCUGAGACAACGUUUAGAAUACUCCAUAAAAACUAACGAGAGACUGAGGAAGCAGCUUGAGAGACAAGUAACAGACAAGGACCUAGAGCAAGGUUCUGCAAACAUUUUUAUCCAUGGCCCAGAGCAGCACAGUUCCCUGACUUCUGAAAUACAUUUCCUGAGGAAGCAAAAUCAAGUUCUGAAUGCAAUGCUAGCAAAAGGAUCCAGAGACAAGCAAAAGGAAAAUGAAAAGUUAAGAGAAUCUCUUUCUAAAAAGAAUGCAAUCAUUGAGCAUCUUCAUGAGGAUUAUGAAUGUGUCAAGAAGGAAAAUGAAAGGUUGCAAAAACAAAUUGGCCAAAAGGAGGAUGAAACCAGAUAUCUGACAUGUCAGAUUUACAGCAGUCGUAAUGAAUUAAACAGGUUGCAAACAGAAAUUAAUGUAAAGCAACAUCAGCUCUCUGAGAGUGAGAAGGUUCUGCAGUCACUCCGAACUGAGAUCAAGGUUUAUGAGAAGUUGGAAGAUGCAAGAAGGAAGAGGACAGAUCCCAGAUGUGAUGCAUCAGAGGAAUUCCGAAAAGAUCAGAAUAAUCCACUUGACCUACAUGAACUGUUGACUGAAAUACAGAGUCUGCGAGUGCAGCUUGAAAGGAGCAUUGAGACAAACAAAUCUUUGCAUGAAAAAUUAGAGGAACAGCUUUCAAAAGAAAAGAGAGAGGAAGUGAGAUCCAUUUCAGCUGUGAAUAUCAACCACCUUUUCAAACAAGAAUCUCAGCAUUACGCAGGAAUGAACGGUACACACUCGGCCUCUAAAGAUGAUGCAGACAGCACUUCCCAGGGCAGCAGCUCCUCAUCCUCCUGCACCCCUCGCCUGGUGCCCGGGCACCGCAUGUGGGCAGACAGGAACGGGCGCCACGUCCUGGGCUUGAUCGAGGAUUAUGAUGCCCUGAGGAAACAGAUUUCAGAAGGGCAGCAGGUCCUGGCAGAAAUGGAGAUUCCUUUAAGAGAGAGCACAGGUACAAAACUGCAGGAGCCUGGGAUAAAGGUACCAGACCAGACAUCCCUGCUUAGCUUUUCCACAAAUAUUCACACAGUGCAGCAGAUUUUAGAAGAGGCUGCACGGUUACUGAAACUUCUCUGGAGAGUUUCCCUUCCACUGAAAGCUGGACAUGGUACUGCUCAUGGCACUCAGGAUGAAGGAAUGAAAGCAGAAAUAUUCAGGUUACGCAAGAAACUCUCUGAGCAAGAGAAGAAGUUACACAGCACAGUGAAACGCCUGCACUCCACAAACCAGCUGAAGGAAAACAUGGAGAAAGUCAUCAUUGACCAGUUGGUUUUAACUCAUGAUGUUUUGAAGAAGGCUAGAGGAAACCUAGAAGUCCCACCAGCUGAGAAUCAAAAAUCACCUUCCUAUACCAGCAAAAAGAGGAUUCUCUGAAGGAGAAAGUUCCACUAAUAAGCAGUCCUGUGAUUUGCUUCUUUUUAUGCCUUACUAUUUAUUGAUGUAAAAAUAUUGGUUCAGCUCUUUUAAUGGACUCAACCUUUGACCAAAAA